CUCCAUUAGUUUUAUUUUUCAACAUUAGUUCCCAGGUGCUUGUUAUACCACUAAAUGUAACUUGUAAUCUUUCUUCCUUAUUGCGAAUGGCCUUUCCUGAGCCAACGUAUCACACGUGUGUCCACAAAAAAUCUCACAGCUAGCCCUGCGAAAUCUCACAGCCAGCACUUCCUGCACCUCAUUAAACAGCCAACACUCAACUUAAUUAAAAACGUUUUCAGCCAACUGUCAACGCCUGAGCUUAUCUCCAUAAUUUUGCUCACUGCACAUCUGCGCAAAGGCGAGGAAAAAAUGGACGCGGCCCGGAUCGGCGAAGAUAUGAAUAAAAGUGAAGCGACCGCCCACCACAUGGUGCACAGUAGCAGAUCCCACAGAGCAUCCAUGAACAUCCAUGACCAAAACGGAUUUGGUCUUGUCUUGUUCAACCUGCGGCUGAGAUGGCUGGGAAGACAACUUCAUAUGGCCGCCUCGUUUUAUUCACAUCAUCAUCUUCAUCAUCAUCAUCAUCAUGGCGCAGGGAGGCGGCCAAUCAGAGCAGCUAAGAAACCAGGUGGGAUGGGGUCUCUUUGCAGCACCAGUGCCAGCAAUGCCACCAGCACCCACCCGUUUCCCAUCAACUGUCAUCGUUUGUCAGCUUAUGGAAAACUCAGGCUCGUUGGCAAGAUGUAUGACCAGUUGGCCGCCGGCUCAAACGCAUGCUACGAGUUCUACUCGAAACUUCAAGCUUGCAACUUCAACUGCAACUCCAUCUCCAUUUCCCUGCCCUCAUGCAUAAUUCAUGGCAGAGCAAGAUGUCGAUGUUGAGCGGCGGAUUGGAGCGGAGGAGCCUGCAGUGUGGUAAAGUGUUACACGCAACACGCUUCCCAGUGCAUUGACACUCACCUUCUGAUCGCCGAAACGCAUUUGCCGUCGCGCAUUGCGGCUAACAUUCAUGCGACAGAGGAACAUGCGAUGCUCGCCCUCGAGA